CAAAGAUUUCAUAAAAAUUGGCUUGUAGACGAAACUAUCACGUCCGCCGCCACUAACCUUCUGGCGAUACAGCGGAGACACACACAGAGAGAGAGGGAGAGAGAGAGAGAGAGAGAGAGAUGGAAGGAGUAGUUUCAGAAAAAUCAGUUAUCAAAGUUGCAGCCAUCUGUGGUUCUCUCCGGAAAGCUUCCUUCAAUCGGAGCCUCCUACGUUCUGCCAUACAGAUAUGCAACGAGUCAAUCAAGGGCAUGGAGAUCGAGUACAUCGACAUAGCUGCUCUACCGAUGCAGAACACUGAUCUUGAAGUUGACGGAACCUAUCCACCGACCGUGGAGGCUUUCCGGCAGAAGAUUUGUGAAGCUGACGGCGUUCUUUUUGCUUCCCCUGAGUGCAAUUACUCCAUCUCAGCACCUUUGAAGAAUGCGAUUGAUUGGGCAUCUCGACCACCAAAUAUGUGGGCUAACAAGGCUGCUGCUAUUGUAAGUGUGGCAGGUGGUGGUCAGGGGCGACGAUGCCAAUACCAUCUCCGCCAAAUUGGUGUUUACCUCGAUCUUCAUUUCAUUAAUAAGCCUGAAUUUUUCUUGAACGGCCAUCAACCUCCUGCAAAGUUCGAUAGUGAUGGAAAAUUGAUUGAUUUGGCAAUUGAGGAGGAGUUGAAAGAAGUUCUUUUAUCCUUGCAGGCCUUCACGCUGCGGCUUUCAUGGUAAGAACUUAAAAGAUAAGUCUGGUAUCGACUCCUCCAUUGGAGCAUGAAUGAUGCCUGCGGCGUUUGUGGCAUGGACACUUGAAAUUGUUGCACGGUUGAUGAAAUAAUCUCCCUUGUAAUGUUAUUUCCAGAGGGAACUUACACUAUGCUUAAUUAUUACACUAUGAAAUAUCUCCCUUGUAACCCAUA